CGCAAUAACUUGCAAGUUGUCCGAAGAGAUUCAAAGAUAUAUUUGUUUACCGUUGCAUCAUAUGUAUAAGCUCUUCUCAAAUAAAAUCCAAUUCAUGAAUUUGAAGUUUGCACAUAUAUGCCUUUUUUUUUAUCUUUAUGGAUAAUCAACAAAUAAUAUUGAAUUUUGUUCUAUAACCACUGAAAUUAAAAAUCAAAUCAAUCUACAAUUUAUCUUUGUGCGAAAUGUGAUAAUUUGAAUCAUCAAAUGAAUCAAGUAGGAUUAGCUCAAGACGGUUAAUUUUAAACUAGGAAGAAGUUGAUCGUGGAUCAAACUGUUAUUUAUUUAUUUUUCGGAAUUAUAGCUGUCCUUUCUCUAAAGUUGAGGUAUGAAAUUGAAUACUCCAGUCUCCAUGUGAAACCUCGAUUGCAAUAGCCAACAAUCUGGAGCGAGUGGCCAAUAUCGAUUCUCAAAGGGAUUCCCUUUCCGCCCUUUGGCCGGACCAUUUCCCUUUCCUCCUUCUCCAAGUUCCGCAGUCACUGUAUCAGUCACCUUCUUCACUCGUCGCCCUCAGCCGUCAACUGCCCUUUCCCCCGGAAAUGUCUUUCUUUCAUUUGUAAGUAAAAUGGUGCUCUUUCUCUCUCAAUUCGAUUCCCCUGUUUCUUAUUCAUGAGUUUGCUUAUGGGUUUCCUUCCAUUUCCCCCAAAAGACCGAAACCUGCUUCGCUAGUGCCAUCGGCAGUUACCUGGCUUUGUAUCGUAAUUGCCCUCUGUACUUAAUUUCUAGAGCUCUCCUUCUUGCCUUGAACUUGGCACAGUGUUUGUAACCGUACCUUUUUGGCCAGCAUCUUGGAGUUAUGUUAUCCAUUUCUUCAGUCGGGAGAGAUUGAAAGAGAAUGCAUCAAUGUAGCAGGAGUGUGAGUCUGUUGGUUAGCUACAGUAACUUUAUUGACGAUAUGCCCUCUAAAUGUGGCUCCAAUCUUUAGCCAUUUGGAUGGAAAAGAUUCAGUCUUUUCUCAAUUUUUUGGAAAUUGCUCAGGAAGCUCAAAUUAUAGGGUUGAAAAUGGCACGAUAAUUUCGUAUUCGGUUUGAAUUUUCAUCCAAAGUUAACGAAUGUGUUAGCAGAGGACGACACCCAAAACGGGAUUAGAAGAGGAAGUGGUUUGUUUGUUUGUAUGGUGUGCCCGUGUUCAUUACUCUCUGAUAAAAGCUCUGCUUGUAGGACAUGAUGUAAUAGGAUGAAGAAUAAUAACCACGGUUUCCUUUUCUGUUCUACCAGGAAAACAUCAGUACCUAAUCUACCGUGUAGUCCUGCUCAUGUGGCAGUGGAAGCUAUUUGUUCUCCUCUGGUCAUGCCUUUGAAUCAUCGUACGGCUUACACGACAAGCUUAUGUGCCAUGUGUUCCUCGCUCAGUUCCUCAAGACGACUUCAGAAUUCUGGAGCCACAAACGUCGGUUUCGAUGUUCAGCAAACGUUGCAAUUCGAUCGGUAUUUUCUCUCGAAACUUGGCCUCUAUACAGCUGAGGAGCAGCUUCCUUAUGAUCGUGGUGGUUAUAGCGACUUUGGUGAAGAUAAUGGCAGCCACAAUGCCGAGGAAAGAGAAACAAAGAUUGAUCAUGGGAAUAAGGGAAAGGUUCCAUGGAACAAAGGGCGAAAGCAUUCAGCUGAGACUCGGGAACUGAUCAGGCGAAGAACAAUAGAAGCCUUGCGAGACCCCCAGGUGAAGGCAUGUUAAAAAGAAGAUGGGAAAACAGCCACGAACUCAUAGGUGAUUAAUAGCAUGCUGUUACCCAGUUUUUGUAUUCAUAGUUCUGUUACUGUUCUACAUACUACGAAUUUGACAUGAUCUCUGUGAUGUACAGUAAAGUAGUUGUUCUUGCCAUCAAGCAUAUGGGCAAUUGGGCAUCACAUGUUGAGUUCGCUGAUUGAUGGAUGCUAUCAAAUCGUUUCUAGUUUAUAGUGAACUGGACUUUUGUCCUAGAAUUUUCUGUAUAUGCUGUUGCCAAUUGAGAUCUGCAAACCUGUCGAUGUGAAAACAAGUCUUGUGCUUUUAUGUCGAACCAUGUAGCGGUCUUCAUGGAUUUGGUCAUCAUGCAUAUAGUCAUUAGUAGUUUAUAACUUGUCUUAAUUUCAUUACUUUACGAAUAUUUGAACUUACUAAGAUUGGGUUCUCUUGCAUUUUGGAUACCAUAAUUGCUGUUUUCCCAGUGUUGAAAUCAAGGCUAAGAUAAGCUCUUCACUUAGAAGACUCUGGAACAAACGUUUGAAGUCGAAAAGGUUGGGAGUGAAAUUUUUCCUUUCAUGGGAGGAAAGCAUAGCAAAAGCGGCCAAGGAUGGAGGUCUUGAUGAACAAAGGCUGAAUUGGAAUAGCUAUAAUGAAAUAGAAGAAGAAAUUACUCGCCAACAGCUUCAAUUCGCCACAGAGAAGGCAUUUGCAAAGGAGCUGGCAAAGAUAAAAUCAGCUACUCUGGCAAAAGAAAAGGAAGAAAAGAUUGCUAUUCUUGCUCAAAGGAAAAAGGAGAGGGAAGAGAAAGAGAAGGCCAGAGCUGCAAUGAGGCGUAAGGCCCGUAGAAGAAGUGUGAAGAACAGAGGGAAGUCACCUGUUACCCAGGAGUUCCUACUAAAGCAGAAAUUGGUGAAGGUAUGUUAAAUGAAGAUGAAACUCACCAGAAACUUUAUACUUGUGUGCAGUUGCAAAAAUAAGUGAAUAUUCAUUGACAAGCAGUUCUUGAAGAAGUGCACAAGGCUGCAUGUACAAUUAGGUCCACUCAAUUGAAAACUUUUUGUGCUUACCCUGCUCAAGAAAUGAGAAUGGUAUAGGAACUAGUUCAUUCGGUUUCCGAUCUUUCAUCUGGGUGCUGUUGUCUCUUUUCUGUUUUCCAGAUUCGAAGACAGAAACCAAAGAGUAGGAAAGCGAUCAAUGAAGCAGAUCAGCAGAUCUCCUGUACUCCAAUCUGGGGGAAGCUAGAUUUCGAGCUUACGGAACUAGAUGAACUGAAAAGAGAUUCACUUGCUGACCAGAUCCAAGCUGCCAGAAACCAAAGAAGUGAAAUCCGAUGCUGAUCAACAUGGUGCAGCAGCCGCCAGUGAUUUAAGCUAACAAUUUCAUCAAAGCCACAUCUCUUUCUGAAUGCAGAGGACAAGGCGACAGCCAAAUCCCAAUCAAACUUGAUGUCAACACCAGCUUACCAGUUUUGGUAACUGGGAUUGAUUUAGAGCUGGACUUGCAGACUUGGAUCAGAGUUUCUGAUUGAAUUGACAACAGCCUGAUUGAGGAUGAUGCUUGGCAAUUGUCAUUAAGGUGUACGCGAUGCGGUUUGAAGAAGAGUUGUAGCUACUUAUACCUUGUAACAGUCAAUGAAGUAUAAUUGUUAUA